AAAAGUAUAUUGAUGUCUGCAUCCAGGAAAUUAGGUAUAUGGGUUAGGUUAGGUUUGUUUGUUUGUCAGGUCAUGUGAAUUCAGUAGGUUUGUUAUUCUCCAUAUUUACACCCUCCAUGUUUUCCAGGAUUCCUGCAAUCCUCGUUUCGAACCUUCUCGUGUUUGCUGCGUCCCUUCCCGUUUCAACCGUUAGGGUCAUUACCCUGAUGAUGGAGGCAGUAAGGUCCUUUGCAACUAUCUACCAGACUGCACGGUGUUAACAUCGCAGAAGGCAGCGAUUUUCAUUGUAUGAAAAUUUCCCUAAACAAUUACUUCAUCACCAGGCCUUAUACAAUUAAACGCAAGCCUAAAUCGGAGGGUGGCAUGGCCCAGCGAGAUGGGCCGUUAUAACUCAAGUUGGCAAGCCUGUCUCGGAAGCCACUGAGUUAACCGCAGUUGUAACCAGUUGCCAGUCUCCGCGUGACAGCCCACGUCGUUGCACGUAGAUGUAACUGAAGAUGUCUCCUAGAGAUGGUGCGUUAUGGCUUUUUGUUUUUCUGAGCUGCAGUGCAUGCGUUUGGCCUCGGCUGAGUGAUCACAAGAAGCCAAACUCAGUGGCUGGUGUGAAUGUGACGUGCACGGCCGACGCGCUAACUGUGAGAGUUCUGAUGGAAAAGCCAUUUCAGGGCCUACUUUAUGCACGGGGUUUCCCUCUGGAGUGCAGGGGGCAAGGGAUGGGUGAAAAUGAUGUCACACUACACCUCCCUGCUUCAAGGUGUGGCGUGCGGGUCCUGCCAAGCGAGCAGGAUGCAGUAAGUCUCGCGUACACCGCGGUGGUGGAGAUACAGAUGGAUCGACAUCUGCAGCAAGCGGCCGAUCAACAACGUACUGUCACAUGCCAGCUGCCUGCCGACAGCCUACUGUUAAUGUCGCCAGCACUGACACUUACCCAGGUAGCAGUUCGGCCAUCGGCCAGGACGGCACGCAAGAAAGCGGACGUUUCCAGCACAGACUUCCACCAGAUAAAUGCGGCAUCAGCUACACCCAUGGACCAGUCACGUGUAUGGAUGGAGAUUAAGGGGCAAAGAAACUCUGGACAGGUGUCAGUGGGAGAGGAGAUAACUCUCCUGAUCAAGGCCCUUCUACCAGCUGAAUUUGGUACUCGGGUGACGGACUGCGUGGCACACGAUGGGGCAGGUGAAACAUCACAGCGCCUGUUGGAUGAAUGGGGCUGUCCGAUCGACGAACUGAUCCUGCCAGCCCUGCGACCCUUUCUACAGGAUCACGGUAGCUCAAAACUCAGACUCCUGGUCGCAGGUGCCACCUUCGCGGCCUUCAAAUUCCCUGAUCGGAACAGUCUCCACUUGAGGUGCAUAUUGCAGCUCUGCAGGGGUAACUGCACCAAGGUGGACUGCAGUUCAGACGGUAGCGGCCUUACAAGACACAGCCGUAAAGCGAAGGACGAGGCAGGCGACGUUGUCAGCCGGAUCGAAGUGUUCAACAGCGUGGAGGUUCUGGCGCCAGGUAUCGAAUUAGAUGACCUGGACAAUUUGGUCAACUUGGAUGAUCCCUCAGAACCCUCUCUGGUACUACCGCAGAGUGACCGGGCGUUCUGCUUGUCCCCACCCAAGAUGGCCCUCGCAUUUGGGGUAUUGGGGUUGGUAUUCCUGUGCGCCGUGGCCGUGGCGCUGUACACACUGCUGAGGGGACAUCGCAACCACUAUCAUAGCAAGACGCUUCUUGGGGAGGAGACUCUUAUUGUUCAAGACAGCCCCUUCAUGGGGCACCGUAUCCAGUGGCCCCAUAUCCGCAUAAUGCACUGACAAAAUAUAGGUCCUCCGAAUAUACCGGCCUUACGUUUCCGUCAUACUCUUUGGGGGACAGUGGAAAUAGUGGCCUCGUACCCUCAUCACGCACUGAUAAAGUGUAAGAGCUCGAAAUUCAGCAGGUUCGCUUCUGCGCCAUGCACUUACGGGUUGUAUUUUGUGUGUGCAGAACCAGUCCCGAUGAAGCCGCUCUUUAUUGGAAUUUGAAUCUCGUUUAAUUUAUCAUCAGGAUAAAUGUUUGAUUUAUGAUUAUGGAUUAGGUCACUGUCACCUGCUACUUGGUCCAUUUCCAUCAGGAACAAUGAUCUCGUUCCAUCCAUCUUGUUCUUGGUGAAUUAAAAUCUCGUCUUCCUUGACGUCAAUACUGUAGAACGUCUUUUGCUGUGUUACUGUCUCACGGCAGUUCUCUCUGUUUUUUGUUUCUUCUCAAAACUCCUUUCUCUUGUUUUGUUUUACGCAACUUUGAUUUGUAUUUGAUUUAUAAUACCGCCGGAGUGGGAUUUUGCUGCAAGAAACAUAAGCAAUUCGGUCAGGGUUCAGUGGACUCGCAAUAAUAAUUUAUCUGUUGCCCACAAUUACAAUUAAAAAUUAUAAAAAGUAAAAUUGUCUGCAGCGACCCUCAGAGACCUUGUGGUUUAUGGUAGUUUGAAGUCUGUCGAGGGCAUCGAUGUCUUUGUCUGAAGUUUUUAUUAGACAGUCUUACCGCCAUAAUCUUCCUGGUGUGAGGAUGCUUGGUUAGCCGAUCUUGCAGGUGUAAAGGUUAUGGUUUAAAGACGCCGAGGAAUUUAUUCCUGGGAUUAAGUAAACUUAAAAAUUCUGGGAAAAGCUUCUUUGAAGUUUUCAUGACAGCGAAAAUCUGAGUCAUGGCCAUCUUGAUUGUGAUGUCUUGCUGUCACGUAGGCGUUUACGAGUAUUUGGAGACAUGCAUUGUCUCUGACUUUGGGGUUCUUCACGAGAGCAACUUUAUCAUGACGCCAUAGACCGCAAUCUCUUCUUGAGUUCUCUCUGCAGACGAAUUUUCUAUUUUUACGCAGAUCAUGCCAAGUUGUUCCAUCCAUAAUAUAAAGAAACAUCUGUCGGUCCCUUCGUGAAUUUUGAUGAGAAACCUCAUGGAAAACACCCACUUUCAAGACCAAGAAUGAGGUGGAGGUAAUAUUAAAUGGGAUCUCUAAAAUAGGUUGUAACGAUGCGAAAUGGAUUUAACUGGUUGAGGAUGUUACGGUGAUGAGGUAUAUUUUGUUACCAGUGAGUUAUUUUGUCCUCCAAAUAAAAUUGUGUUCUGUAUUCCGAAAAGGAAAGUAAUAUAACGUACACGAGUGCUCGGACUCUUGAGAAUCGUAUCAAAUAUCUUAAUUACAGUGAACGAUAAAGACAUAGGGAAAUUUUACACUUUCGUCUUUGUUGAUAAGCGUAUUCUAGCAGUGCUGCCAAUAAUGGAAAGGGUAUUUAUGGCUCUUGGGUUGUUGGUGCUGGUCUUUUAGUUUCUUACUUGAUAUCAGCGUUAUCGGUGGCAUAUCUAAAUGGCUGUGGGGCUUCAUCGUUGGGUUUAUGUUUCUUAAGUUGAAAUAUUUGGGUGGGCUGCAGAAGAUAUAAUUCGUUUUAAAAUUUAAUAUUUUCUUUGGGUACCUUAAAAGGCAAAUGUUUGAGGAGAGGAGCGAACUGCGCCGCUCGUUUCUUCCUUUCGCUCCGAAGGUCGGCGUUUAAUUGUAACGCAGGUUUUCUGGUUAUAAUCUUGUGUUGUUCGUUGUUCAUGAAUAACAGUUAUUUUGAGAUGUGAUUGUAGUAACUGUUGAAUUUUAAUUAGCUAAGCAAAUUGCACUCGUUGAAUUUUGUCCUGCAUUUUAAAUUAACUGGUUCGUAUAGUAACAAAAUGGUAAAUUAUUUACAGAAUAAUAUUACCGUCUCCAGUUAUGAAUGGUCCUCGUUAAGACCACUGGAAAAUCUUCCUGUUACGGAACUAAAAUUGUAAAUUGUUAAAAAAAGACCUGCUUACGCCAUUUGCCUGGUGGCGGCUGCUUUCCCUGUGAUCUCUUGGUGAUGGACUGUCCAUUUUGGUGUGCACUAGUGUCAGGGAUAGAUGCAAGGUAUUUAUAUUUAUAAUUUAUUGUUUUGUAUAUUUAAAUAUUUGUUAUAUUUUUAAAUAAUGUAAAGAAAUAAAUUUUGUUCCGAUCGCAUUUGUACUGAAUAAAUAUUUAGAAACUA